AUGCUCCUCGCUCGCUGCCUGGGGACGGCGCUGCUGCUUUUGCUGGCCCCGACGACGGGAUGCGUGGCGGCCGUGGCUGCUUCUGCUGCUGCUGCUGCGUCGGAGCCCGACGGCGACAUCGGGGCCGCUUGCCCUUCUUCUUCUCCGGCCGGCUGCGAUUCCCCCGAGAGCGACCGUAAAGCUACUUGCGACGACGAGAAAGCCUGUGGAGUCCGGGAGGAAGGCGAGUCCUGCGGCGUCUAUACGCCCAGCUGCGCCGGCGGGCUGCGCUGCGUCCCUCGGCCAGGCGAGCGCACUCCUUUGCAAGCCCUGCUGCGCGGGAAGGGCAUCUGCUUGGCCCCGCAACCCAAGAGAGGAGGCAGCAAGAAUCAGACCGAGAUGGAGCCCGUUGCAGGUGAUGGCAGAAGGGAAAAUUAUCAGACAGAUCAUCCAACUCAGGAACCUCUCCUCCUUCAGAUCCAAGACCCUUUGCCAGAUGUCGUGGUGGACAAAUCCCAGCUACAACAAGACCCCCUAAAUCAUGGUAUUAAACAGGAAUUUGAUAUGGGGCCCUGUCGCAUGCAUUUGGCAGCCAUCUUGCAGGAGCUGAAGGCUCCCCUCUACAUGAACGGCGAAGAUAUCUUCAUUCCCAACUGUGACACCAAAGGCUUUUACAGGCGAAAGCAGUGCCGGACCUCCAAAGGGCAGAAGAGGGGCCGAUGCUGGUGUGUGGAUAAGAGAGGCCAUCGGUUGGAAGGGCUGGAAGAGAGCCCCCUCUGCCUGCUUGCUAACAAUGACUGAGGAUGCAGAAAGAGCCGCGGCCACCGUGGUCCAGCAGCAGAAUUCUUGACUGAGGGGACUCGUCUUGUUAGAACAGUCAUGGAAAAUUUUUUUGCUUGUAAUUUAUUGCACAGUUGUUGCCUUAUUGGGAUCCUGCCUUCCCUGGGAUAACUUUGGAGCUCUUACAGUGUCUGAUAAUAUUCUACAAAAGACUGGCCUGGCUGCUCAGAGAAACGGCAGACUGGGGUCUUCUAACUGCAUGACCGAAGAGGGGUGUUGAAUAAGCUACCAGUAGUUGCAUUACAGCAAUAAUGCUGGCACUUGAACCAAUUCUCUUAUACCAGUAAAGAUGCUUAUACCAGUAAAGGAACAAGAAUAGCCAGUUCCUGGAGGUGCAGUAUGUAUACUUGGGCUACCUUUUAUAAAAUGUGUAGGGAGACCAGGGAUUUAUCUUAUACAUGCUACCGAAGUAGAUGUGUUUUGUGGAAAGGGUUUUAACAGCACAAUUUCUGUACUCACUAAGGGCAGUGUAGAAGGAAGUAAAAUUAAAUGUGGCCAAGUUUUUAAUGGUCAACAUCUACAAUUUAAGCAAGAAAAGUGAAAGCAGUGCAGAUACUGGAAAUGAGAUGUAUGGAAGUUUUAGCUGUAGCUUUAAUGUUUUUCGCAUUCUCCCUUCUGUUCUGUUUCAUGGCUCUCCCCAGCAUAUUCUGUAAAAGAGUUCUCUGGAUGACAGGAAAACUGAAGCUGCCUUCCAUGCAGAAAAGCAGUGGAUGAUGGAUUUGUCCCUAUUUGCCAGAACGUGCUUUAAUUUAAUGUGUUUAAACAGAUAGGUCUCUAUUUCUAUAUGUUUUACUAUACAUUUGGUCUCAAUAAAUCUGAUGAUUACGCCAUUUUAA